AUGUCAAACGUCUUGGAUAUUAAUACUUAUAACAACAGCAAGAACGGCAACACAUCAAUAAUAAUUUUAAGCGAACACUCUCAACAACAGGAGCAGAAACAAGAGAAGUGCCUCGAAAUGGAAGCAUUAUUUUCUGGUUUAAACAAUUUUUUUCGCGAUGAUGACAUUCUGAAGGAAUCAGAACAUUCAUCAGAGUUGCUUGGAAAUCUUAUUUUUACCGCUUAUUUGUUAGUAAUUGCAUUUGGCUCAAUUGGUAAUUUAUUAACUAUAAUGGCUGUUUUGCGCAACAAACAAAUGGCUUCACCAACGACGGUGUACACCGUUCUUUACGUUUUCUGGCCGUUCAGUCGCCCUUUAUGCAAAAUUGCCGGAAGUCUGCAAGGAUUUAACAUUUUUCUGUCCACAUUUUCAAUAACUGCAAUUGCAUUAGAUAGGUAUGUAUUGGUGAUUUUUCCGACAAAAAAACAACGACAGCAAAAUCUUUCAUUAAUUUUUUUCUCGUUAAUUUGGCUGGCAUCUAUUCUGCUAGCUGCUCCACUCUUCCUAGCUGCUGAUAUCAGUCCAAUUUUUCAUGACUCCCAAUGUGGCAUUGAACUUAACUUGUGCAAUGAGCAGAAUGAGCGAUGGAAGGAGCUCUUGAUAAGCAAAGAAGCUUAUACAGUAGGUGUUAUUAUUCUUCAAUAUUUGCUUCCUCUUGCUUCGAUAGCAUUUGCCUAUUCGCGUAUUGCACGAAGAAUGGGUACUAGGAAGUCUUUUCGGUGUGCAAGUGGCGGACGUGAAAGCCGAAAGAACAGUGUAUUUUUGGUAUGCUUAUUAGUUAAUUAUUAA